AUGCCGCCCUCUAGUGGGGAAUUCCCUCGUCUAUGUGCAACCCGUGAAGCUUUGCUCACCAAGGAAUGCUGUCCACUUUGGGAUGGGGAUGGCUCGGCUUGUGGAACCAAUUCAGGCCGAGGUUUCUGUCAGGAUGUGGAGGUAUCGGACCAGCCCGACGGGCCACAGUACCCCUUCUCCGGGUUGGAUGACAGAGAGAAGUGGCCCCUGGUUUUCUACAACCGGACUUGCCAGUGCACAAAGAACUUCAUGGGCUUCAACUGCGCUGACUGUAAGUUUGGCUACUUCGGGGUGAACUGCAGUGAGAGGAGAGAGUCUGUCAGAAGGAACAUAUUUCACCUGUCAAGAACUGAGAGGAUCAGACUUUUGUCUUACCUGAACUUAGCCAAACACACUGUCAGCAGGGACUAUGUUGUUGCCACUGGGACCUACAGGGAGAUGGAGAAUGGCUCUAAUCCAAUGUUUGCCAACAUGUCUGUGUUUGAUGUUUUUGUGUAGAUGCAUUGUCUCGUAGCACACCGUAGGUGGCCGGGGAACGUGUGGACCGACGUGGACUUUGGCCACUGGGCGCCUGCAUUUCUCCCAUGGCACCGUGUAUAUCUGCUGCACUGGGAGCAUGAAAUCAGGAAGCUGACUGGUGACCUGAGCUUCACCAUCCCGUACUGGGAUUGGAGAGACAUCCAGAUAUGUGACGUGUACACGGACGACCUGAUGGGGGACCGGAACCCCCAGGAUCCCAGUCUUCUCAGCCCAGGGUCAGUCUUCUCUUCUUGGAUGUCUGCAGGAUUCGGGGAUCCUCAGACUGGCUUAGGAAACAGUGCUGGUCUAGGCAUGCAUGCUGCUCUCCGUGUGUUCAUGAACGGAUCCAUGACAUCAGUGCAGGCCUCAGCAAAUGAUCCUAUAUUCCUUCUACACCAUGCUUUUGUUGACAGCAUUUACGAACAGUGGCUCCGGAAGCAUAGACCAUCUCCUUCCCACUAUCCACAGCCCAAUGCUCCUAUUGGGCACAACAGUGAAUACCACAUGGCACCCUUCCUGCCACUCCACAGAAACCUAGGAUACUUCAUUUCCAGCAAGAACCUGGGUUAUGAGUACUCCUACCUGCUGGAUGCCAGCCUGAGGCUAGCAGAAGCCAUGCAUCCGUACCUGGAGGAGCUGCAGGAUGUGUGGGCCUUCCCCUCACAGGGCUGUUGGGAGGAAUUGUAG